AUGGCUGCUAUCGCCGUUGCGCCCGUCAACGGUGCCGUGCCCUCCCCGCAGCCCGAGUCUCCUCAAUCCUCUGCAUCCGCGACAAAACGCAAGCGCGACGUCAGUGACGAUGGGUCGCCCGACGCCAACGGCGCUGAAGACGUCAAACCCCUAGUUGUCGACGCUCCUGUCUUUGUCCGAGAUGAGAAACGUCUUGUUCGCGACUUUUUUGAUGUUCUGCAAAGCUUCGACGUCGAACCCCCAAUCCUGAAGCGCCCAAUCCCCGAACAAUCCGUCGAGGGCGAGCCGCAAGCGAAGCGACAGAGAUCUGACGAGAACACCAAGCCCUUGACGAUCGCCGAGAAGGUCUCGCAAGAUGCUUACAGCAUCCUGGAUGAUCUGGUACUCGAUAUUAACGAGGUUGCCAAAGACCAAAUCGCCGAAUUGGAGCGCGACGUCGCCCAAGAGAACGGUGCCACAAAGGCCGAUUCCAUUGCGGGUGUCACCGGAUUUCGAGAAAAGGCGCAUGAGCUUUUCAGGCGCGAGGCCAAGUAUCCUAAGGCCGGCUCGCAAGGGUCUAGAGAAAGCAGAGAUGCGGUGCAGUCGGGUGCCGAUGGUGGCCUGGUUUUGACCGUCUUUGGCAACGCGCCUCAUGGCAAGCAUCUCUUCUCCAGCCUGGAGCACCCGAGACUCACCGACCGUUCGGCAAAACCGCUCCAGGAGAUCGCGCUUCCCAACGGCUUGUUGACCACCAAGGUGAUCCCCGCUGGUCCGUCGGAAAAGAGCACUCGGACUCUGACUUUGGGAGAGCUCUUCCCGUCGCCCCGUGGACUCCCACCCCUACAACCGCCCAAGCCACCAAAGAGCAGCAUGAAAGGCAACACGCUGGGCUUCUACCAUCCGGAGCUGACUGAGAAGUCCAAGUAUCGGACAGGGUCUUACUUCUCCGCUAAUGUUUCCACCGGCCAGUGGCUUGACUACAGCAAUGCCACUCCUACCAUGCCUACCAAGACGAAGCAGCGCGAAAGAGCGCAAAGCCUGGCUGGGCACAAGCCCUCCACGACAGAGUUGGAGAUGUCCGAGAUGGAGGCCCUCUUCCGCGGCGCCUUCUCUAGCUUCGCACCCUCUAAGGAUGAUUCGGCUGCGAUGGUAUCCUCGGGUCAAAUGAGUCGGAUGUGGUGGCAGCGUGUCGGCCAACGCAAUUUCCAAAAGAUGGUCGAGGCCGAGGUGCCCACUGAAGAGGUUGAAGAGCCAGCCUCUACUGGCAGCGCUGUCGUCCCCAUCGACGAGCAGGCAAUCGAGGAAGCCAUCGAGAACUGGGACGACAUUAUGAUUGACCCCAGUCUCGAGGACGCAAUGGGCCAUAAAUCCGAGCACGACAAGGAUGUUGAUGAAGUUCUACUGGAGGUUUCCGACUUGAUCGAGACUCUCGCCUCCUACCAGCGUAACCGGAACCUCACGUUGCCGACGAGCCAGGACCGUUAUUCGGCGGAUCCCGUGAACGGCGAUAUGCUUCGAAACGGCUCGCUUGCGCAGCAGCCUAGCGAAGAGGAGAUGGCCACGUACGAGGUACUCAAGGCACAACUGGCACUGAUUAUCAAGACCCUGCCUCCGUAUGCUGUAGCUCGCCUCAACUCUGACAAGCUCGACGAGCUCAACGUGAGCACCAAAAUCGAGAUUCGCACAGAGGAGUACAAGGGUGUCAUGGAAGAGGAUGAGCAGGCGGCGCGCGCUAGGCAAGCUGCCGCGCAAGCAGCGGCUAACGCCCGGCCGCAGCCUCAAAGGACACCAAGCGUGUCUUCUGUGCCGUACUCUAACCACCAGUAUGGCGCACCGCAGUACGGUACGCCAAGCCGGACGCCAAUGGCUAAUCCGCAGUACUAUGGCCAGACGCCUGGCCGGGCACAACCGCCACCUCCUUCCCACCAAAGACCCCCCGUUGGUCCUGCAGCGCCAUAUACUCAGCAGCGACCACCGCAAGCUCAACCAUUCCGACCGAAUGGCUAUACCGGGUACGCGCCACAGAUGGCAAAGCCUCAGGUACCAUAUAGCCAUCCAAACAUGGCAUACUCUGGCACUCCAACCCAGCCUCCUCGCAUGGCGCCUCAUCCUGGCUAUGGCCAGCCUCAACCUCCACAGGCACCCGGAACCCCACAAAAUCGCUUUCCGCCUGGGUACCCUGGCCAAUAUGGACAGCAUCAGGAAGGGAUGCCGGGCCAACAUACUCCCCAGCAACCUCAGUACGGGUCACCGCACAUGAACGGGGCGCCGCAUAUGCAGCAACGUCCUAUGCCGCCUCAAGGCCCGGGUGCGCCGCCACAGCACUAUAGCCAGUCGCCUCAACCGCAGCAGGGCCGCCCACCGUAUGGUACGCCACAAGGCAUGCCGCCUACCCAGCCGCCUCCGCGUCAGUAUGGUGCCGGCAGCCCUGGCGUACCCACGGCCGGAUUAACCGGAUACCAUACCGUCAUGCCUGAAGUUCAGCAGCAGCGUCUGAUGGAGCAGGCCAGGGCCCGGGCAUCUGCACACGAGCGAACCAUUGGCUUUAACGAGAAGAUGUCCCAGGGCGUUGCCGGCGGUCCAGGUAACCCCGGAGCCGGCAUGGGCCAAGUUGCCGGUCUCGCCGGCAUCGGCUUGGGCACCGGGAAUGUGGACAUGGCCAAGCUUGCAGCUGCUCGAGCGAACAUGCCUGGAGGUAUCGGUCAUUCUCCGAGCCCGAAGGCGCAGAUGGCCCCCGUGGCGGGACCGUCGCCGGGGCCCGGAUCCAACGGCAUUGCUCCUCCGCCGAGCGCGAGCCCCGCCUCGCUGCCCCCGUCGAGCGUAUCACCUGCGCCUGGGGGGCCUUUCCCGAGACCACCUGCUUGA